AUGUAUUUCCUACAAUUAAUUUCCGUUUUAAUAUCGAUGAAAAUUGGUCAUGUGAGGUCCAGUCGGCUGUUACAACAACACAAUCAUUAUAAUCAUGAUGAUGGAUAUGUUAAAGCAGAACCAACACAUUUAAUCGAGACAAUACAACGACGAUAUGAUAAACGCGUAAGACCAUUCGCCGAAACGAAUCGACCAGUGAUAGUACAUAUGACAAUUGUUUUGGGCAUUUUGACAGAAGUGCGAGAAAACCAACAAGUCGCCUCUUUCGUCAUUUCACAUGUUCAGAAAUGGCGGGACCCGAAACUAGCGUGGAAUCCGGCGGACCAUUCUGGAUUGACACAAGUUGUGAUGCCGAGAAGUUUAGUAUGGGUACCAAAAUUGUUUAUUUAUAAUAGCAUGGACACAAAAGACAUGCUAACCGACGAUCGAUACGAUGUACGCAUCCAACAUACGGGUCAUGUCAAAGUGAAUUCGCCUCAAUUCGUCAGUACACUAUGUCGAAUCAAUAUCGAUUUAUUCCCAUUUGACACGCAAUUCUGUGCAAUUGCUCUCGCCAGUCCAUUGUUAUCUGUUGAGGAAAUGGAUGUAAAUGCGACACAGCCACCUGUGGACUCUUAUUUUUCGGGCAACGCCGAGUGGCAAGUGAUGAAUGUGACCGUCAAACAAAUGAAAUUCAUGGAAGAGGGCGAAUAUCGGGCCGAAGUUCAUUACAUUCUUCAUCUCAACCGAAGACCCACCUACUACAUUACCGUAAUCGUCGUUCCCACAUUUCUAAUCUCCGCCUUGUCGAUUUUGGGCAUUUUCUCGCCUGGAUCAAACGACGGUCCACGGAAUGAAAAAGUGUCUCUGGGACUUGGUUCCCUGUUGGCCAUGACCGUACUCCUCGACAUUGUGGCCGGUGCCAUGCCCAAAAGUGAUGCUAUCCCAUUGCUAGGAUACUAUAUCAUGCUGGUUAUCCUUUUAUGUGCAAUCGGGGUCGCCGUAUCCAUGGCCAUGUUGUCCAUGUCAAGAUCCUGCAUUCAAACUUCCAAAAUGCCACCUGUACACUAUUAUCGAUUGCUUUUUCUGAACGUUUGUCGAGUGGUGAAACAGAAUGGAGGCGGUGUUAAUGGUGUUGGUGAGAUGAAUGAGAAGCCUACUACGAUUACCCCCCGCUUCCCGGACCUCAUAUCGAUCUACAAUCAACUGAUUGAAGUGGCACGGGCUCAAAGAACAUAUCGAGAAAGGAUUGAAAAACAGAAGUGGCAGCAUCGGGUCGAAAUCGAAUGGAACAAAAUCUUCGCGCGUAUCGAUUUUUUCUUCCUAUUUUUGUUCGAAAUGUUCAACGUCCUGGUUUUGGUGCUUUUCCUUCGCUACGCGUUUCUUCCCGUCCCACCGCUACCGGAAAAUUUUUCAAUUUGA